AUGGCCAACACUUUUAUCGACCUUGAUCCGGAGACGAUCGAGGAUGCGUCUCCAUUGCAAGCGGAAGUUGGCGGAACUCCGCAGCAACGGCGACCCCGGAGGAGCGAUGUCACACCCAUGAACCCUCCUCGAAAGGCAGAAGUGCAGUUGGAAGCCUUCGCUUUUGAGCAGCCAGCAAAGCGCUCGAAGUGUGAACACAGCAGUCCUGCAACCAAGGUGGCUCCAGAAACUCCUCCGAAAGCACCAUCCGUACCGUUGCGGCAGCAUUUGGAGCACCGGCAGAUUCAGAUUGAGGUUCAAGUGCAAUCUGUACACCCCCCGAGUGAGACAGGCACAUGGCGUCGAAGUGGAGAGAACCUCGACUUAAAGGUCGGUACCUUCCUCGAAGUAGGAGUACUUGACGGAGAAGGAAAGGGCCAAGGCACCGUUGUGCUUGGAGUAAAAGAGGUAGGAAAACCUCACGGAGGUACCCCAACGGUAGAGUGCUGCUUCCUCGGAUGCAGUGACGCUCAUUACCUUUGGUGGAUGGAACAGGGCAACGGCAAGGACCUGAGCGACCGAGCCUGGUACCACCUUUGUGGUGAAAGGCCCGGGGACUGCUCCAACGUGCGGAGCAAGAACAGGAUGAUACACGCUACAAAGGUUCGAGAACUGAGCCCUGGAGAUUUUGAGGAGGCAGUUCUCGCCUUCUUAAAAAAGAAGGAACAUGCUGAAGUCUUUGACAAAAACAUGGCCAAAUUCAACCGAUGGGUUGAAAAGAGAGGAGAAGACAAAGCUCCUGCACCUGCCAAAGGACCUGAGGCAAGGGCUCAUUGGCAUGGGUCAGAAGGAUCAAGUGACGAGAGAGAAGGCAGGAGGCGGGAGGACUCACCCCAGGGUAAAAAGCUCAUGGCCCGCCUGGAGGAUCUCCGAAGGGAGUUGAGAAAAGCUGAAAAGCAGGCUGAGGAGUACAGAGGCCGAAAACGUGAGCCCAGAAGGUCCAGUACACCUCCCAAAAGGGAUGGAAAGGCAAAGCGUUCGAGAAAGACCAAAGACAAGAAGUCAAGGCUCUCGCCGAAGCCGAACGAGGAGCCGACAGAGGAGCUGUUUCAGCCUAAGAAGAAGGGCCGGAGUGAAAGCCCCACUGCAGGGGAUCGAGGGCCUUUUGGAGAAGGCCCGGCAGUCGACUACAAGGACAAUGAAGGAUCAAGCUCAGAGGAGUCAGAUUUUCGCAAGGCCCCCUCGAGAACCACGAAGAGCUCGCAACUGAAGCUACUCAGUUACAGCCGGAAGUACCCAGGAAGACUCGCCAGCCGGAUGCUAUUAAAGAUGGCCCAGGCGACGGCGAGGGGUCUCGAGGGGGCGUCCAAGUCAAAGACCCCUCCAGUAGCGAUGAACCACCUUCUCACGGUCCUGCAGCCAACCCUGCAGUCGAAGCUGGGAAUGCGCACUUUGCGCGAAAUGAAAACCUUAGCCCGGAGCCUCGACCUGCUAGCGUUGGGCCAGAUAGGGGGAGCUGCAGACCUCCUUUGUCAAAGGAUAAAGGCGCUCGAGAGGUCGGCAGUCGAGGGGCAUUGGCAGAGUGCCCAAUUCUUGGAACUCCUGCCACCGGAGAGCUCAACUCUCCUGGAACGGGACGAGGAGAUAUUCCUCGCGAAGGAAUACUUGACCGAUCAGAAGAUCAAGGGUUACGACAAGCCCUUCCGAGGAAAAGGCUGGGAGAGCACCAAAGGAGCAGGAAAAGGGAAAGACGCUCAGAAGGGCGAAAAAGGAAGAGGAAAAGACAAGAAAGGUGAAGCCGUGGCUGAUGUCGCAAGGGCUGAACUUGGAGAUAGCGGCAGACCACACAGGGCCGCCGAGGCCCGCCGAAUUCUCCCUUUGCGAGUCAGUGCGGCUGCGCACUAUUGCCGGCAGCUGUCAGAAGAGGUAUCUAGUUGGGUAUGCCUCAUGGUCGAGGUCCUGAACUUCUUGUACCUUGGAGGUAAGAAGAUCAUUGGGGGCGAGAUUUUGACUGACCCUCAGAGGACCGCCCUCGAAUGUCUCAUCCGAAGCGUUGAAGACUUCUUGGAGACUGAGGUGAGGGUGCCCGCGAUGGGGAGCCUGAGGAGUGAUCUGGGCCGAAUACGGUUCGAUUACACUGGAGAGAUUGUCGCCGUCAUGGAAGAGCUGAACGCAGAGAGUGUGAUAGCUUGCUGGCCGAAGGUAGGAGAAGCUGGAAUGCAACCCGCUGAGAAGUUUGUCAGCGAGGAGGUCAAGGAAUGGCUGACCAAGCCUCGGAGCACCCUGCUGCCCCGAUGCUAUUGGCCCUCCUCCCCUCCGAGGAGCAGAGUGAGGGCUUCUGAUGAGGAGUGGGAGAAGCUGGUACGAGCAGCAGUGGAGAGAAACAUGAUGAGAGAAGUGAACGAGGAGGAUAUCCUCAGAGAUCAGCAGGGACGCAUGGUUCUGAAUGGAGCUGGUGCUGUACCAAAGUUCAAACAAAUUGAUGGACGGGAGGUACGACUUCAGCGCUUCAUCAGCAACCUGGUGCCAUCAAAUUCGUACCAGGACCACAUGGCUGGAGAUGACAGGCACCUCCCCUAUUUGGGGCAAUUGGCCAUGCUAGAGGUUGAGCCUGAGAGUGAACUCCUGGUAGACAGUGAAGACCUGACCUCCUGCUUCAACCUCUUCACUCUACCGCCCCAAUGGGCUGGAAUGAUGACGUUUGCGAAACAGGUCCCCUCAACGGUGUUUGGAGGGCCUCCUGACCAGAUGUCCUGGGUAGGAAUGAACGUAGUUCCAAUGGGGUGGAUCAACAGUGUUAGCCUCAUGCAGACGGUGGUGAGGCAGUUGGUCUUUGUGGAAAGUGACAUCCCAUUGACCAGUGAGAUCUCAAAGAUCAAGCCCUUCCCAGAUGAUGCGUCUGCCUCAUUGGUCUACUUGGACUCCUAUGAUGAGAUUCGAAGAAUUGACACUGCCUAUAGAGGCUUGCUCGAAGGAGAAGAAUCAGAAAGGCACUCCCGGUUUACCUCGACAUGCAAAAGGUUUGGGCUGUCGCUCAACACCGGCAAACGCCUGGUUGGAGCUGUCAGAGGAAGCUUGCAGGGAGGUGUCUUGGAUGGGCAGAAAGGGGUAUUUCAUUCCGCCCCAGAGAAGCAAGCCAGCCUAGUUGGGUAUGGCCUCAUGCUGUUGAGCCAGGAGCAGGUGUCUGAGUUUGAACUGCGCCAUUUCGCGGGCAAGGCCCUCUUCAACAUGGCCUUCCGCCGCCCUGCUCUGAGCAUUUUUGAAUCUAUCUUCUACGACAUCGAGGCCCUCAGCAAGCUGGAUGGGCCUGGUGUGAUGAAGGAUGCCACCAAGGACGAGAUCUUCAUGGUGAUCGCUCUGACUCCGCUGCUGCGCAUGAACCUCAGGGCGGCCGUAGACCCCCAAGUCACCAUCACGGACGCGUCACCGUCGGGCGCAGGAGGAGGUGUCUCUGAUGCCUUCAAGAGAGAGGUCGACACCGAAGAUCACGACGGUGCAAGAUGCUUUUACUGUGAGAAGGAGUUGUGGGAAGACAAGUACCCAUGCCCGUCCGAGUGCAGAGCCAUGCUGUGCUCACUCGACUGCAUGUGGCGCCACAGAGGAAUGAACUGCAGAAGGCGGGGGUACCCUGUACCAAAGUUUGGUGAACGUUUUUCAGGGCCACGCCACCCUUUGAGUGAGGCUGUCGGCCAAGUGGGACUCAUAGAGGUGCAGCCGCCCUAUGAUCUGUCACUUGGGCACAAUUUCUUUUCGGAUGAGGGCCGCGCUCGCCUCGAGGAACUCGAGCACGACCCCGACCUCUUCUGUGAGCAUUGGGCACCGUGCUGCAAGCUGUUCAGCAAGGCCCGUGGCCGGCCCAUACGCCUAGAUGAUGGUGAAGUGAUUUAUGGCCCCCAAGCAGUGAGGGACGAGCGACAUCCCAUGGGGUUUCCGUGGCUCAACAGAGAAAUGAAGCAAAGGCUGAGACACUCCAACACCAUGGCAAACAGAAGCAUGAGCCGUCUGAGAGAGGCGGAGCAGGAGGAGCGGAUCGCAACCCUGGAACACCCAUACGGCUCGUGGCUGUGGCAGUGGCACCAGGCGACAGAACUGGACUCGGGGCUUUUGGGAUAUGCCGUGCGUCGUGACGCACAGGGCCGUCUCCAGUUCGACACAGAGGAGGAGGCAGAAUACCCCAUGGGGUGGUGUAAGGCUUAUGCAGCUGGGCUGCGCAAGGCAGUCGAAGCCAAAGGACGGCAUCUCGAAACGGUCUAUGAAGGCCGAAAGAGUUGGGUGAUGCAGGAAUUGCAGGAGAGCACCCAACGUUUGAGAGAAGAGACCACCGCCAGACUCAUGGCUGGAGAUGUGGUUCGCCUGGAAAAACAGAUGGUCCCGGGCAGUGAACAAGCGCACCUCAAGGAGAUGUUGCGCAGGCUGACCAUACGCGGGUCGGAGGUUAAACUGCUCUUUCGGGACAGCGAGCAUGGAGAGAUGCCUUACCCCGCGUACCGGUGGUUGUUUCGCAAGGCAUUCAGUUUCAAGUGGCAGGAUCCCGAGAUCCACAUCAAUGAAGGCGAAUUGAACGCCUUUCUGGCAAUGGCUGAGAGAAGGGCAUCAGACCCGUCGAAGCAUGCGACGCGGUACCUGGCUAUAUUGGACAGCCAGGUGAUCAGAGGAGCUUUAGGCAAGGGGCGAAGCCCGUCGCGCCCGAUCAAUCGGGGACUGCGCCGAGCAGCAGCCCUACUGCUGAUUUCCGACUGCUACCCGCUUUUGGCGUGGACCAUUUCAAGGUGGAACUGGGCCGAUUUCGAGCUGGUCGAUGCCACCGACCUUGACUAUGUCCUUGCGGAAUACUUUAAUUGCAUGUAUCAAGAAGGGGUUUUGUUGGUGAAAGAUGAGCGCAUUUGGCGCCUUACUCAUGCCCUAAAGGCCAAGAAGGGCAUUACCGCCCCUUUGUGGGCUGGCACCCCAGGCUUGUUCCGGUCGACCUGGGCACGUUUAUUGGAAUGCCUGGAGUUUCGCCCAGACGACUAUACGCCAUAUGGUGUCCGCCGAGGAGGCGCCACAUGGUAUUUUUUGGAGACAGCAUCUUUAGAUGCCACCUUGGCACGCGGCAGAUGGGCCACGUCCAAAACUGCCCGGUCCUACAUCGACGAUGGGACCCUUACCCUGGCCAAUCAGCAUUGGUCGGUGGCCCAGAGACGCAAUGUGAGGUUGGCUUGUUGGUUGAGUGAGAGGGAUAGCGAUGUCUCACUUUGUAAGGCUGCGGAACAAGCGUGCAAGUGGAAACGGGACAAGGCCGUCCCGCUCAGUCGUCAGGUGGUCAAUGAAUCCCUUGCCUUCUUGCUUGUUUCGUUGGAAGAGCGCUUGCUGCUGCCCACGCCGGGAUUUGAGAAAGGAUUUCAGUCCGUUGAGAGCGCCGCCGCGAGGGUUGCGAAUCCCGAUGGAUGCCGCGGUGCCAAGCCGGUGCUGGACCUCCAUGGUGUCAACCGGGAAGGUGUUUCGGUGCACCUGCAUGUCCAUGGUUUUCGGCCCUACUUCUAUGCAGUCAAGCCGUCUGGAGAGGUUGGUCUUGAUGCUUGCCUGUCAUGCUUGGAUCGUGCUGUGCGCAGUGAUGAUGGAGGUGUUGAACUACUGGAGGAGGUCGAGCGAACGCCGUUCAUGUACUACCAGCCGAAUUCGGAGAAGUUCUUGAGAGUUGUGAUGUCCAGCACAAAAAUGGUGAAUCCUGUUCGCAAAGAGUUGGAGAAGGGCGUUCUUCUCCCCGGUGGCAUCAAGUGGCAGUCACAGGCUUUUGAGGUUGUGAACAUCAAGGAACGCUUCCUGGUGGAUGUAGCAGCCGCUGGUGGUGGAUGGCUGGAGGCACCCAAGGGCCGUUUUCGUGUUCGGCCGAGCAGCGGUUGCCCCCGCACAAGCCGUGCCCAACUUGAGGCUGACGCCCACUACAGCUGCUUGUUGGGCCAUACUGCAGAUGGGCCCUGGCUGCAGCUGGCCCCAUUGCGAAUGCUGUCGCUUCAUCUUCGCACGGUGGGUACUGAAGGUCGCAUUUGUGCUGGUGCAUGCGUGCUUCGAACCCAUGGAAGGGAAGAGGAGCAUUCAGUGGCAUGGGCCGUUGGAGGCAAGCAGGGCUUUGCCUCCAGCACCAUGCAUGUGGUGGACUCCGAGGCCACUCUCCUUGAAAAACUGAAAGACUUCAUUCUCGACGUUGACCCAGACAUUAUCUUGGGCUACGAUCUUUUGAACAGCCACUUAAACGCGGCAAUCACCCGCUCUGCUGCACUGAAGAUCGGUGCAAAGCGAGGAGCCAAGGGAGGACUUUCCCUGGGCCGUGUCAAUGACAUCCCUUCUCGGGUGAAGAGUGCCACCUUUGAAACACGUCAGCAAGGCAAGCACGAGACGAAAAACAUCAACGUUGAUGGGAGGCUACUCUUCGAUGUACUGACUGUCACAGAGCGGGAACACAAGUUAAGUUCAUACACACUGUCGGCCUUGGUCCUACACUUCCUUGGAGAGUCCAGGCUCGAGUUGGGCGGAAGUGAUUUGGAGCGGCUAAGUGCAGAGGAUCCUUCCGUCUUGGCACAGAUGGCCCAACGUGAUGCAGGUCUAGCAAUGCGUCUCUUCCACAACCAGCACUGUCUCUUUCGAUAUGUAGAGAUGGCGCGCGUCACGGGAGUGCCCAUGGAGUACCUGCUAAACAAAGGCCAAAGUGUGAAAGUUGUCUCCAUGAUCUUGCGCAAGGCACGAGCUUUCGGCUAUGUGUUGCCACCACAAUCACGGAAUAGCAGCUCUCUGGAAGAAGGUGGCAACACUUAUGAGGGUGGGGCUGUCCUGGAACCUGACACGGGCUUCUAUGACGAACCUGUUGUUACGUUGGACUUUGCCUCCCUGUAUCCGUCCAUCAUGCAGAAGCAUAACCUGUGCUACAGCACACUCUUGCGUUCGGCAUCUCACCCUCCACCGUCGCAGGUUGAGGAUGCGGCUACGACAGAGGAGGUGCCAAUGUUGGGGCAUCGCUUCGUCACCUCCAAGAUCCGCCGAGGUCUGGUUCCCAUGGUCUUGGAGGAGUUGCUGACGGCACGUGCCAAGGCCAAGAAGGAGCUGAAGCAGGUGGUCGCUUCGGGAGGAGAUCCGCAACUUCGCGCGGUGUUGGAUGGUCGACAGCUGGCUCUCAAGAUCUCUGCCAAUUCCGUCUAUGGCUUCACAGGCAUGUCGCAGGGUGCUUUGCCUUGCCAAGACAUUGCAGCUUCCGUCACGGCACCUUGGUGUCGGACUGCAGCUGGCGCCCGUUGGUGCGCUUACGGGCGCCAGAUGAUUGAGUCUGCCAAGGUUGGCCCUUCUGCGCCCGGGGUCGAGACAUGUCCGAAGGCUUUGGGCUAUGAUUCAGGGCACACCGCAGUGGUACCAGAGCACCGUACAGAAUCGCCCAAGGUGGGAAUGGGGGAAGAGCCUGGUAAGCCGGUGAACAUCCCAAUGUUGGCCGGUUUUUUGGCGAGACUGGGGGCGGUACUUUGCGAGGGCGAUUUGCACGAGAAUUCAGGGCCACCAGCAGCUUCUGACAAGGCAGUGGGUUCUGGUGUGGCAGCAGUACGACAAAAGAGACCCUGGUCAUUGUCCAGCGUGGCAGAUGCCUCGAUGUCGGAGCUGGAAACUUGUCCAAUUUGUUUAGAUGUGCUGUGCCACCAAGCUUUGGGGGUUUGUGUGGACCUGGACGGCCAGCGAAGCUGCGGCCACUUCUUCCACUUGCGCUGCUUGGAGCGAGUCGAAGGCGCGAACUGUCCCCAGUGCCGAAGCCGCUUUUUUCGGCGCGCACCUUUGCCGCGUGUGAACGAUCACGGCUGGCGGCGCUUGGUCGCGCCCAGCUUAUUACGUCGUGAUGUGGCUGCAGGCCUGCGAGCAUGUGUAGAGCUGCCCCCUGAAGAGGUGGAUGCCUUGUUGCCCGAGGGGAAAGGUGAUGAGGCAACCAUUUCAGCUGAAACCCUCGAAGAAGUCCUGAAGUCGGUCCAAGACUACCUGCCCACCAUCGAGUCAGAGAGUUCCUCGGAAGAGGAGGCAAAACGAAGCAGCCGUUGUCGCUGCGGUCGCAUGCACAUUCGCCGGGGCGACCGUGUGAAGCAUGGCCCUUGCAGCAAGACAGAGGACAACAUAAUGGAAGGGCAGUUGGGCAGCAUCGUCCGGCUGCUGGAAGGCAGUGUCCUGGUGAAGUGGGACCGUUAUCCAAAGGUCUAUCAAUAUAGCUGGCCUCAUACAGACAGUGAAGUCUUGGAAACUGCCUCCUUCACUGAAGUGGCGCCGGACGCGCAGAAACUCCAGGAGCUCACGUUGGAGCCGCAUCUUGGAACGGGGCUGAGCAGCGCUGCGGCAGAGGAGCUCUUAAUGCGUGUGCAUCCUCCAGAGAUGCGCCAACAGGUUGCUCUCGAGGACCUGGCAAACCGUGGGCGUCAACUUGGAGAGGAGCAGCUGCGCCGCAAGCCCGAUCUCUUCCACCGCGUGCGGCUGCUGCCAGAUAAGCGAUUAGUGCAACAGUGGUUCGACAAAUCUAAGCCGUGUCAAUGUAGAAAGCCGGGCUGCUGUGGUGGCGCGAUGUGGUCCUCACGUGCUGAGAAGCAUUUGGGACGUGAAGGUAUGGUGCUGCAGAUUGAUCCAAGCGAUGAUACUGUUCUUGUGGAAACCUCUGGGCCUUGCGAGUGCAAAAUCUGGUAUCCACGCUUAGCAGUUGUGCCAAUCUUUGAUCCUGAUUUGGAAGAUGAACCGCAGUUCAAGGUGGAUGAUCAAGUGGAAUGCAAGAUGCAGACAGGUUGGCAGCGUGGCGUUGUGAAGGAGGUUCUCUGGUGGAAGCAUCACCGAUGUGGACCUGUGCCCUAUACUGUGGUCUUGUCCACCGGAGCCCAUAUCUUUGUACCUUCGGCUAGCCUGAUCCGGAAGGCACCCUGA